UCGUACUCACGAAAUACACGCAUGGACCGAUCUCCGAAUUCGCCGAUCGUCCUCUCAAUCGAAUGCCUAAACGGGAGCUGCAGAGCCGGCGAGUGGACAGGAGACAUGCUCCAGACCGGCGACAUAGUGGACGAGCUGAGGAUCGGCGGCGUAAUUCUCCGGCCGCCGUUCAAGCAAGGCAAAUCCGGCGUUCAGAAGGUUCUCCACACCUGCUUCAAGCAGAAGGAGACUUCGAUUCGGGUACGGGUCAGGCGGGGCUCCGAAUCAUUCGCGGAGCUGCAGGCGUGCAUCGUGCCUGCCGGCGGCGGGCGGAGGAAGUAUGUUCUCCGGGCGAUUGAUGACCCAAAUUACGCCGUCGGAUUCGUUGAUCGGACGGAGAGCGAUUGCCUGAAUUUGCAAGGUUCGAAAAUUUCAAGAAUGAUGAGUGCAUUGGAAGAGAAUUUAGUAGACGAUGGUUACGUGUCAUAUCCAUGGGAGAGGACGAUGAAGACGAAGCGGAUGUUCAAAUCUAGCACCUUCUACUCCAUGCUUUUCCUCCCGAAGGCCUCUGGUUCGAGUUCAGCCCAUUACAACGACCUCGACGACACCCUCGCCCGCGCCCACUCUUGGUUAAAUGCUUCGCAGGCGUCGGGUGCUCCCAUUGUCCUCAUCAACUUGCAAACCGAGUCCCUCCUCGCUAAGAUAUCGGGAGAUGGCGCUUCUUCUAGGGUGAAUGAUCAAUCAGGAUCGCUCUCGAUGCUCGGGAAUGCAAGCUUAUAUGGUUUCGAGGACUACCAUGGAGUCGACAUUGGCGUGGUACGAGCCAUCCGGCUAUGGUUCUCCCCUCUAGCCGGGGAAAUCCCCGUCGAGAUUGCAAUUAAAGAAACCGAUACAAAGCUCGGGUUUGCCAUUGGCCAAACCGAAGAGGGAUUCGUAUACAUAUCCUCCGUCGAAGAAUCGGAAUCUGACGGUGGAGGUGGCGGUGGUGGAGCGCCGCCGUCGUCUCCAUUGGCGGCUCUGAGCAGUUUGUACAAACAGACCUCCCUAACGUCGAGACUUCUGGUGGUGUCGCGGAUAUCCGGCGUGAAGGUGCUGCCGUCGAUGGUCUCGCCGGCGGGAGCAAUCCGGUGUUUUGACACGGCGGCCCUCAGCCGGAGGCUCUCCAUGCACCGCCACGUCGGGGUGCCGAUUGUUCUGCACGUGUUUCUUUGGGACAGGAGUGUGGAUUGGCCGAAUGCCGGCAGGAUUAGGGCUCCGGCUAUGUCGACUGCCCUGCCGCCGUCGCCGCCUAAGCUGCCGCGGCAGCUGAAUCAGGUGGUGCCUUUAUCUGUGGAAGACGGCAAUGAUGACGGCUCCGACGACGACGAGGAUAGCGACGAUGACGACUAUGUGAUCAAUAUGGAUGGCGGCGACGAUAUUACACUGGAACGAGACGCCGCCGGAGAUUUCUCCUUCACGGUACACAGAUUUGCUGUUGCGGAUAGUUGGGUUUGAUUACAAUGUCCGUUUUACAACGCUUGAUAUUUUUCUAUUUUUAAAAUAAUUGAUAUAUCUUUAUUUUAUAUAAAAUUUAAAUAUAUUUAAAUAGAUAUAAAUAAAUUUAAUUAAUUACAUAACAUAUAAUAUUAUAACAAAAUAUCUAUUUUUUUAUUUUAUUCCGUUU